UCGCAGUUGAUGGUUUUUCUAUAUUACAUAAAACUAAUAUUGUGCUUGUAAUAACAUGUCUAGCCAUUUUAUCACCCUGGUUCUCACUAAAGUAAGAUGCAAAGAGAAUAUGUAAGAUGAGAAUAGUUCCUGAACGUAUUCGUAAAUGUCAAAGUGCCGUCAUAUUCAUCAGCUAGUGUUCGCAAAAUAUUACAAAAAAUAGUUUUUUUUCACGCAUUGACGCAUAAUAAUACAUGUAAAUAACAGAUUUGCAGUUAUAUAUUAUCAAUCAAAUGUGCAGCUAUGACUCAACCGAACCAAGUGAACGUAGACAUUGAAAAUGUUCCACCAUCCGAGGUAUCACCUCGGAAUAAUGUUUUGGUCAGAUUGGACUCAAUUUCUAGGCCUUCGCCAACAAACAGGAACAACGUGGGCCUCGGGGACCGCCUCAGCAGUGUCUUCAGGGAGAUUAGACCACUCGUUGAGCAGCAUGCUCGAAUGGGUAACAAUAGGCUGUCACUUCCAACAUGGCUUCCUCGGAACCCUCCUGGGACACACCAAGCAACAGACGUUCAGAGACCACAAAGUUCUAUAGCACAUGUGAACCUGGGCCCCAAUGCCCAGACGUACAUAGUGAACGAGAGGGUAGUGCUGGGCUCUCUGCCAUUGUCUCCAACGCAUGGGAUGAGUAAUGUGACCAUUGGGGAACCGGAGCCUCCUGAACCUGCGACCGACCACCAGGAGAUCAAUGUGUCAGUCAACCCGUCUAACAAUAAUAAUAUACAGGACAAUGUGGAUAAUGAUAGCCAAAGUGAAGAUGGUACACAUCAGUUCCUGUACGACGCGCGCGCCGGGCUCUUUGCCUUCUUCCUGCUCUUCUUCACAUUCUCACAUGUAAACACUGUAGUUAAACGAGAGCACGCCGCGCAACUGAACCGCAGCGUCCUGGGCCUCGGCUUCGAGCUGGCGUGGACGGCGGGCUUCGUGGCCGUCGUCCACUACGUGUUCGGCGACGGCAAGCUGCUGCCCAACGUGGUCAUGUUCCCCGCCUACGCCGGGCCCAUCGACGUCUGGGAGCUCAUAUGGCUGGUCGUGCUGACUGACCUCAUUGUCAAAAUUAUCACUGUUGAUGUGAAGAUACUGAUCACUAUGAUGCCUGCGUGCUUGCUGCCUUUUCAGAAAAGGGGUAAAGUGUACCUGUUCGUGGAGUCGGUGUCCCAGCUGUACCGCUGCCUGCUGACCAUCCAGCCCUGGCUGUUCUACCUCAUGCAGUCGUACGAGGGCUCCGAGAAGAUGGUCGGCAUGUUCCUGGUCUCCAUAUACGUGGUGGCUAAGCUGGUCGAGCUACUCAUGAGGAUACGGCUCUUCAAGAACGCGACGUGGACCAUGCUGCAGAGUGUGAAUUUCGGCACGAAGCCGACGAGCGAGCAAGUGCUCGCCGCGGGCGACGCGUGCUCGAUCUGCCACGACGACUUCAAGACGCCCGUGCGGCUAUCCUGCUCGCACAUCUUCUGCGAGCCCUGCAUCUCCGAGUGGUUCGACAGAGAGCACACGUGCCCGCUCUGCCGCGCCUCCGUCGAGGACGGCCACGCGUGGCGGAACGGCUCCACGACCUUCGACUUCCAGCUGUACUAGAGUGCUGCUAGUGUGGUGAGUUAGGACUCGGCAUUAUUAACAGAUUCAGUGCCGAAAAUCCGACUAUCAGGCAUUUUAUGAAUUCGUUCCGAGGUCGGACAACCCAACAGUCGUGGUUUUACAUAAUAAUAUGACAGGGCAGAUGUCCCGGUUAGCUGAAUGGCAAUGAAUAUGUUAAGAGUCAAGUCAGUCUUGUGCCUUGGCUCGGCCUAGCUUCGUUGUAAAAUACAGAUUGUAUGGACGGUAGAGGCACUCCGGUGUUCGAAAUGAGCUUUAGCGCGAUUCUUGUUUUAGUUUAAGCUUUGGUUAAUUAAGCGGAAUGCCAAGCCGGUGUGACAGUACCGAGAGAACAUUAUUAAAGUCUGCCUCUUAAAAUAACCCUAAUAAGAGUACCUAAUAAGGUUUAAUAUAGCAAUUUAUAUUAUUAUGUAUUAUAAUCGCUCUUAAACCAUUCGCAUUUAAACCAGAACAUGGACCCGUUUAUGACAGAUGUAGCACGAAAAGAUUUGCCUUCGUAUUGUUACGGAAACGUACGAAAUGUCAUGCUAUUUCAGUUAGUCUCAUGUACUGACAUUGACUGAACUAGCAUGACAAAUACGAAAAUAUCCGGGAAAAUACGAAGGAAACCCUUUUCGCACUACAUCUGUACAUUAAAAUUCAGAGCCUACUUAUAAAGACCUAUGUUCGUCACACCGGCAAAGUGUUGGCCUAAAUGUUGACUAUAUCCGUGUUCAAUGGGCGUCCAUUAUACAUACACAAGCAAGAAUGUCAUAUAAAUAUUGUCUCUUAGAACCCCUUUGGUGUCAGUUCGAUAUUCUAUGUAUUCUGCAGGGUUAGCACAUGAUUGCCUCGAGAGUAUGUCGCCGCGAGAUAGACUACCCGUCCUUAUGUCAUUAAUACAGUUAGAAAAAGACGUGUCAUCUAUCUCGCGGCGACAUACUCUCGCAGCCAUCAUGUGCUAGGCCUACUGCUUCAAUAACCUAAUUUUGUGAUAAUUUUACAUAGACUAUCUUCUAUCCUUGUUUACUCGUGUAUAGUUGUAUUUAAGU